AUAGGUUUCAAAACCUGACGUCGUCAUCUUCACCCGUCGUCACUCUUGUGUUUGACGAGCUUUUGGUUUCUUAGGGUUUUGAUCUCUGCAAUGGCGAAUCUAAUGCAUAGAUUCUUCAAGAACAAGUCUUGCUUCAAUUCAAUCCAAAGGCUUACUACUACUCCUUCUCUCUUCACAUACCAGAAGCCCUUCAUCAACAACAACAACAUCGAAUCUGUUAUUGAGAAACCCGAUCCAGUUUCUUUUGCUAAUCCUUUGAUUACACUCUCCGGGAAUGAAUUCAAUCAACCAAUGCGGUUUUACCCUAGUUUCUCCAUGGGUUUAUGCUUAAAUCCCAAAAUGAUUCAAGGUCUGGAUCUAGCUGAAACAACGUCGUUGGUGGAGGAAGAGGAUGCGAAGGAGAUUGUGAUUUACGCUGAUAGUGUGAAGAAGAAGAGGAAGAAGAAGAUGAACAAGCACAAGUAUAGGAAACUCAGGAAACAGCUUGGUCGCAAGUCGUAGAAUUUGCUGCUGCUUUAUCCAUUUUUUUACUAUUCCGGUGAGAAGUUUGCUCCUUUCAUGUCUUCUGAAUGACUGGGAUUCAAAGGAUGAACCUUUUUUCUUGAAUUAGAACCAAAAGUUUCUAAAUUCCAUUGCAUUGUUAUUACUCUGUGUUCAUCGUUUGUUUUGCCAACACAUUUCUAAUAAAGCUAUCACAUGGUGCAGUGUUAUGUCUUUAUGAUAACUUCAACUGUUUGAAUUCUUUAGGAUUUGCAAUUUGCUGUCUUGAGUUUUCUUGCUAGUUGGAUGUUCCAAGUUUGUGUUUUUCCUCUAUUGCACUGUGCCGGCAUGAUUUCUUGAUUUCAUUAUCAAUUCAUAAGCUUUGAUGUUAGUGUGAACUUUUAAUGUGUCAUUUGCUUGGAGACCCGCUAAGGAUAGUUAACCCGGUUUGAUUCUAGCGCUAGGUGUUAAGAUGAGAUUUCUUCUUUAAGCUCUAACCGGCGUACUCUGGAUCACAUGGAACCUUAGAUGAUAUCUUAGGCUAAAAGUCCCAUUGUCAUCCAGGUAGUGAUUUUCCAUUGUUUUUUUAGAAACUCAAUGUUUAUUGCGGAUGGUUGGUAUCUUUAGAUUGUUUGUUCGCUAAACUGGUGGAGAAACUGAUGGAUUUUCGACUUUUCUACCACCUUUGAUGUCUUGAGUUAGAUAAAGAGGAUACUGAUUU